AUGGAAACAAUGAACGGAUUACCGACGGAAAGUAUAGCCCGAACUGUCUCCACUAGUAACCACAUUCCUGUAUUUAUUCCGGCUUUAUUAAUGGAUAACGUUGUAAAAGUGGUGAACGAAAAUGUACAGCUGUCGCAAGAUAUGUGUUUGAGAACACUUGCGAUAGCCCAACAAUUACGCGAUAUGGCUGACAGAUUCGAGCAGCAGUAUAUGAUGGCUAAAGAGCCAUCAUGCGCAACUAUGUCAUUAUCAUCGCCGCGGCCAAUG